GCCCAAAUUUCAUUUGAAAAAUUUGCCAGUUCACCUUCUCUCUCGCACACCAAAUUUCCCCAAAUCUCGUCUUCUUCUCUUUCUUCACUUCACAGACACACGCAGCUCGAUGCCCAACUCCAUUGCUGUGUAAACCUACUUCACUUCCACGAUUGAAGUCGUCUCAAGAAUUUCCAUAGAACAGUAAGAAUGCCGGAGGCAAGAGACAGAUUACCAAGGGAGGACGACGUUAUGGCCUCAUACAGCAACCGGAGGCGGAUCAUUGGCGGUGGCAACAGAAAUUCGGAUGUCUUCAUCCUAGAGGAGGAGGCUGAGGAUCAAGCUACUGGAACUCCCUUCCGGUGGAGAGGUGCUUCAAUGGUGGGUACGCCUGCAUCAAUGGGGGUUGCUCGUCGAAGGGGUGGCUUUGGAAGUCCAAGAUUUGGGCGUUCCCCAAACUUUGGGAGAUCAUCAUCACUGGUCAUGGGGCGAGAAAACAUGUCCCCUGUGGUGGGAAGAGGCCGUGGUCGAGGUGGUCUCCGAGGGCGAGGAAGCAUCCUUUUGCCUGCUUGGUAUCCAAGGAAACCUCUCAGGGACAUCACUGCUGUAGUGAGGGCAAUUGAAAGAAGAAGGGCACGUCGGGAAGAAGGUGAAGGCCUAGAAACUGAGAGUCCUCUACUCCAGGACCAGAUAGUUCAUGAUCCAUCUGUAUCUACAUCAGUUGCUCAGCUCGAGCAAGAUCUUUCUACGACUUCCCCACUUCCCAUGGCUGGAAUUAGGCACUGCCCACCAACCAUUGGCAAAGUGCCAAAGAUAUUGCUCAAUAUCACCAAUCAGAGUGAAGGAGAUUUGACUUGCUUAACACCUCAAAAGAAGCUCUUGAACAACAUUGAGACAGUUGAACGAGUGGUGAUGGAGGAGCUUCAUAAGCUAAAGAGAACUCCAUCUGCGAAAAAAGCUGAAAGGCAGAAAAGAGUGAGGACAUUGAUGUCAAUGCGCUGAGGUUUGUCUGUUUUUCUUGAGUUGCAUCAUUUUCCUCAAUCAAGGUUGGGAUUAAAGGAUUUGGGGGUUGUCAGAGGACAUUGAACAUCUGACUGGUUACGUACAGUUGAUCAUCUCUUGAUGAUCGGAUUCUUAGUUUUGUGAUCAUCUCUUAAUGAUCAUACUAUCCACUUUUGAGAACAUCCUUAGUUUUCCAUGCAUGUUCAUAUGCCAUUAGCGGUUAUAUAGAUUAGCAGAGAUCAGUUAGGCAAGAACAAGAGAGCUUGUUGAAUCUUGUUGGAGUUACUAGUUUCUUUUUUUUUAACUUUUUCUUUUUCCUUUUUGCUCCUGCUACUCAAUAGCUGCAGUAAAAUACAUGUAAAAUUCUCAUUUUCUGCUGGUAACUGUUGAGUACCUUUUCAAGUCUUUCCAAUGAAUAUAUCUUACUUUGAUGUA